UUCCCUCCCUCCUUGGACUCCCCGCUGUGGUCGGGUUGGGCCAAAGCAGCCAAGCCGGAGGGCGCAGGCAAGGCAAGGCGAGCCAGUCUCAGGGUUGCCAAGGCAGGGACUGGCUGGCGCCUGCGGGGGGACCCCCCCUCCCGCCGCUGCUGCUGCUCCUCUUCCUCCUCCCCUCCCUCCCUCCGCACUCGUCGCCUAUUGAGAACGACCCAGCCGGCUCCUGAGGAGAGAAGAGCGAGGAGCGGGGGGGAAGACGCCCCCCCGGCCCCUGGGCAGCAACAUGAGUGAGCAGAGCAUCUGCCAAGCACGGGCUGCUGUAAUGGUCUAUGAUGAUGCUAAUAAGAAGUGGGUACCAGCUGGUGGAUCUACUGGAUUUAGCAGAGUUCAUAUAUAUCAUCAUACAGGCAACAAUACAUUUAGAGUAGUUGGCAGAAAGAUUCAGGAUCAUCAGGUGGUAAUAAAUUGUGCCAUUCCAAAAGGAUUGAAGUACAAUCAAGCAACACAGACGUUUCAUCAGUGGCGGGAUGCUAGGCAAGUGUAUGGGCUCAACUUUGGCAGCAAAGAAGAUGCCAAUGUCUUCGCAAGUGCCAUGAUGCAUGCCUUAGAAGUGUUAAAUUCACAAGACUCUGGUCCAACGUUGCCUCGACAAAAUGCACAACUUCCCCCACAGGUGCAAAAUGGCCCAUCACAAGAAGAUUUAGAAAUCCAGAGAAGGCAGCUGCAGGAGCAGCAACGGCAAAAGGAGUUGGAAAGGGAGCGGCUGGAACGCGACAGGCUGGAGCGCGAGAGGCUGGAGAGGGAACGACUAGAACGAGAGAGACUGGAGCGCGAGAGGCUGGAGAAGGAGAGGCUGGAACGGGAGCGGCUAGAACAGGAGCACCUGGAGAGGGAGCGGCUGGAGAGGGAGCGGCAAGAGCGAGACCGGCAGGAGCGCCUGGAGAGAGAGAGGCAAGAGCGGGAAAGGCAGGAGCAGGAGAGAGCAGAAUGGGAAAGGCAAGAAAGGGAGCACCAGGACCAACUGGAAAGAGAGCAGCUGGAAUGGGAAAGAGAAAGAAAACUGUCAAGCGCUGCUCCAUCUUACGACAACUCCCCGUAUAGUACUUCACUUCCUGAAUACUCCAGUUGCCAGCCUCCUUCGGCACCACCUCCUUCAUAUGCUAAAGCAAUGUCAGACUCUACUCCGGAUUAUGCUAAUGUGACUUCUGCACAAUCGGUUUCCUCUCCCCCUACACCACCACUAAGGCACUCUGCGUCACGUUUUGCUACAUCUUUGGGCUCUGCCUUUCACCCCGUCCUUCCGCAUUACGCCACAGUUCCUCGUCAAGUAAACAAAAAUUCUCGGCCACCUUCACCCGUGAACCCCCCGGCCCCUUUGCCCCCUAGUACCAAGUCCACUACUUGGUCUGCUUCUAGUUUUGCACCUCUUCCCCCUUCUCCUCCUGUAAUGAUUAGCAGCCCCCCAGGCAAAGCCACUGGCCCAAAGCCUGUUCUCCCCAUUCCAGUAACCGCUCAACUCUCCCAGUUGUCCCCAUCCCCUACUGCACCCAAUGGUCUUCCAGAACUGGCAAAUUAUCCAGCACCUUCGCCACCUACCUCUGGUCCAACGCCGCCACCUUCCUUUCAGCCUCUCUCGCUCUCUGGACCUCAAGCUUCCUCUCCAAGUUCCCCAUAUGCCUCGACUCCCUCAUCCAAGCCUAGUGUUCUCCCUUCUCCCUCUGCAGCUCCCCCUGCCUCUGUUGAGAACUCUCUAAACUCUGUGCUGGGAGACUCCUCUGCUUCUGAGCCAGUCUUGCAGACAGCCUCUCAGCCGAUUGAACCUCCUCCGUCCCAGCAGGGUGUUAUCCAAGGACCACCAGCACCCCCACCCCCACCCCCUCUCCCACCUGGCCCUGCCCAGUCACCACCAGCAGUCCCCCCUCCCCCCGGACCCCCUCCCCCUCCCCCUCUUCCACCAUCGGGGCCGCCUCCCCCACCACCUCCCCCCCUUCCUAACCAGCUUCCUCCACCACCUCCGGCCCCUCCUCUGCCUCCUGCGGGUUUUUCCAUGGGAUCGAUGUAUGAAGACCACCGUCCUUUAACAGGACUAGCAGCUGCUCUUGCUGGAGCCAAACUCAGAAAAGUAUCGCGGAAUGAAGAUUCUCCUAAUACCAGUGGAGGAGCGAGCUCUGCUUCGCCCAAAACAGAUACUGGCCGUGGGAAUGGGCCGCUCCCGCUUGGAGGAAGUGGCUUAAUGGAAGAAAUGAGUGCCCUGCUGGCAAGAAGGAGACGAAUUGCUGAGAAGGGGUCAUCAGAAGCAGAAACAAAGGAAGAAAAAAAUGAAGAACCAGAGCAUUCAGCUUCAAAGCCUCCUUCAACAAGCACACCUGAGCUAACAAGAAAGCCUUGGGAAAGAACGAGUGCAAUGAAUGGAAGCAAGUCACCCAUUAUCUCGAGACCAAAAUCUGCAUCCUCUGGGCAACCCAGUACAAAUGGAGUACAGUCUGAAGGGCUAGACUAUGACAGAUUGAAACAGGAUAUUUUAGAUGAAAUGAGGAAGGAAUUAACGAAACUAAAAGAAGAGUUAAUUGAUGCAAUCCGGCAAGAACUGAGCAAGUCGAAUACAGCAUAGUAGGACUUAGCCAUUGUGACCACUGGUCUUGGCACAAAAUCGACUACAUUUUGCGAGCUGUUAGAAGAAAAUGGAAAAAAAUACACUUGGAAGAAGGGCAAGAUUCUGAAAGCUUUCAGACAUCACUUCGGUAUACGAUUUCCCUUUGCUGCUGUUUUCUGACUUUAAACCUGGUGGAAAAUGUUAUUAAGUUGCGGUAACGAUUUAUGCAGAAAAUCCUAUACCUGUCAGACGAGAUCACAGUGCAUUGAAAUGUUUUCAUAUCGAGAUGAAGCUGCACAUUCACAAUUCAUUAAGACUAAAAGAGAGAGAGAGAGAGAGGAGAGAGAGAAAAGCUUGGGAAGGCUUUUCAGAGAGGUUUUCUUAGUGAAGGAUUUAGCAAGUUAUACUGUUGUACAAAUGUAUCUCAGGUUAGUCUUCCUAUCAUAUGGAGUGUUUCCAUGAAUUAAAGAUCAAACACAGUUCACAAAAUAAAGAGCAGAUAAGAGUAUGUUGUAAAAUACAAUAUUGGUGAAUGAGGGAUCUUCUAGGAUGUGAUGAUAUAUUGAGUUUUGGAAUCUUAUGAUAGGAAGCCUCUCUAGUUAGCCUUCGUACAGUUUUGUAGGGGAAAAUGCAAAUGCUGUCCUGAGUAUAAAGAUGUAGAUGCCUUCCUAAAUUGUAAUGCUUUACCAAAUCUAAGACUUCUCCAGAAAACAAAUCAAUGGUCAAAUGUAAAUUGUUAGAUUGUUAGAGACUUACCGUAGGUUUUUGAGCUUUUAAGAUUUAUGCAUGUAGACAUUUUUGUAAUAUAACACAACCACAGAGUUGGCUUUUUAAUUUAAAACAUCCUUGCAUGCCACAAAUAUUAAGUAGCCUUUUUACAGUAAGGCCUAGUUAACGCCCAGGCAAAACUUGGGAGGUGUAGGGUUGGGGGUAGGGUGACUUUUUUUAUUUAAAAAAAUUUGUAUUAAUUACUGCACUAUUUUUCCUUAUAUUGCAUGCAUGUGUAAUAAUAAGGAAAAUGUUGUGACUUAUCAGUAACCAUGUUAAAUAGAAGCAGAUACUUAAUAAUUUUUUUGUAUCAUUUUGUUUGUAUUUCAAAAUUAGUAAUGCUUCAGUAAGAGGUUUGGAAACCCCUAAGCGAUUUUGCUUCUUUUUCUUAACUUGGUAUAAAGUUAAGCAUCAUGAUUAAACUUAGAGGUAAUUUUUUUAAAAAGAGGCAUACAAAAGUAAUACAGAGCAGUCUUUCCACAACAGCUACUUGAACCUGUGCAUUGAGGUCAGUUUCUACUUAAUUUGGGAGUGAGCAUAGUGCAAGGGUUAUUUAUGCUGCCAAUCCUUUAAUCCCAGUUUAAGUGACUAGGAGCAAGUCACGAGAUCAUGUACUUCUUCCCAACCUCUCCCCAACGUAAAUUCCUCCUGCCCUUCUCCCCAUCUCUGAAUCAUGGUUAACAGUUGCAUCGUCACUGGCCGUAAACUUGACCAGACCAUAUUUUAACCAGGACUGGAAAAGCUUUUGGUGCCAGUGCUGCCUGUAACCAGGGUUAAGGAGCCCCGGGGGGGGGUGUAAGUGGGUCAUGCCAGGAAAGAUGCACAUUUUCCUACAGCUUGCUCCUGUUCCUUUAACCAUGCAGUGGACCUAGGUCAGGCAUGGCCAAACCUGGCCCUCCAGCUGUAUUGGGACUACAACUCCCAUCAUCCCUAGCUAACAGGACCAGUGGUCAGGGAUGAUGGGAACUGUAGUCGCAAAACAGCUGGAGGGCCAAGUUUGGCCAUGCCUGACCUAGGUAGUCAAGGUCAAAUAUUGAUGCACAAAGUCACACGAUGGAAAGUCUUAAGAACAGUGGUGGCAACAACAUAUUCUUCAAAGAUGAAAUUCACUUGGUUCCAUCUCCUGUUCCAGGGUCCAAACUUUUACUAAGAUAUCCCAUACAGACUUCCAGAAAGGGAUGGGGUGGGGAAUCCUGCAAUUUUAAAUGUUGUAAUUCGGCAAAUAAUGUUCAACAAUCUAUAAUUCCCACUGCCUCUUAAAUUCUCCAUGCUAUAUAAUAGUGCCAUAUUUAUCUUGUGAGCUAUGCUGAUUUGAAAAAAAUAACUUGUGGCUAUGGACAGAAUUAUUCAUUUUCUUGAAUUACCCACUUUCAUCCAGUUUAGUUCAUAAGAAAGCUUUAUUUACCAUAUCCUCCCAAGUGUUGGGCACCAAAGCAAAUUAACAGCUGCUUAUUGCUGCUUAAAGUUUUCAUUGAGGACAUUCUCUGUUUCCCCUCUUUCUGUAAGAUGGAAGUAUGGCAUAUAAAAUAUGAUCCAAAAAUCAGUGGUUACAUUUUUUUAAAGUGUUAUCUGCAUGCAUUAGUUGAAGGCAUUUUUUUAAAUAACAAGGCAAACAGAUGUUGCUCUCAAAUUAAGAGGAGGCAUUUUCAUCUUUUAAAAGUAAUUUCUGAUUAAACAGUAUAACCCUAAAUGCUUACUCUUUUCAGAAAUCAUGUCUGAUUUUGUUUGUAAAGAAAAUUCAGAGAUAGCCUAGCAGAAUGUUAGAGGUGUAAGUGGUCCAAAGGUAAGAAAACUGAGUUAAUAGAUUGUGAACGAAACUGGUUAAUGCACUAAACGUUUUGUGCCUUGGUCUAAAAAUAACAUGAUUUCUGUGCAAAAGGAAAAAAGAAACAGGUCUUUGUACUCUUUCUACAUGCAUAGUUAUGUGAUCCUGAAUUGGACCGUUCCAGGAAAUCCAAUUUUAGUUAAACUGUAAAUUAAGGCUGUUUUAAUGACAGCUAUGCCAUUGCUAGAUAGUCCUGUAAUUAAAAUGAGCUACAGAGGAAGCUUAGGUUAUUUUAAUUACUGUUCUUUUAAAAAAAUGUUAUGAUGGUUCCUGUGCUUUUGUACAGCGGAUGCCUUAAGCUGAAUAUGGUUUAGGGGAUCACUUUUAAUUCCAGGAAGGUAUUGCUUUCCUCAACACUGUGAUCUGAUCUGUGAUAAAUCUGUCCUAUUCAUACACAAGUGGCUAACAAGUCAAUUGCAAACAAACUGAAUGUACAAAUCUUAGUGCUGGUGCUGAAAUCUCUUCAGAGUUGUCAUGAAACAAAGUUCAUUGUUCAAAAAGUUUGCAAGCAUCAAGUGUCAAUCAAAACUGAAGAUGAAACACUAAUGAAUGUUGAAUUUUCAUGCAUUUAGUUUUACCUCCUUUUGAGUUUUUCAGUUAAUUCUCUGCUAUUUUUACCAUAUUGUGUCAUUUUAAAAUUUCUUAAAAUGCUAACUUUGUUUUGUUUGAGCAGAUGAAAUAAAAUUGCAAUAUAUA